AGUCUCAGUCUCAGUCUCAGUCUUAGUCUCGUCUCCACGUUCCGAAGAUGCACAACUCAUCCAUGUGGCUGGUGUGGUCCGCCGUGCUGCUGGCGCUUCUGCUACCGGAGGCACUUCUGCCCACCGCCGAUGCAGCCAGCGAGCCAUUGUGCACGUACCGCAAUUUGGAGGGUGAGACCAUCUUCCUCAAGUACUUGCCGCUUAUAAAGAGGGGAGAGGAUUACGUGGACUUCGGAAAGGACGGCAGGUGCCUCAAGCGGGCCGUCUGCACGGACACCUUCGAUACCACCGUGGAGGACUGCGCCCAGCACAAGAUCACGUGUGCCAACAAGGCUCGCUUUACGGGAGUAUUCCCUGGCUGCUGCCUCAAGUGUCCUUAAAUCGGAAGAAUCCAUCUGCAUCGUUCUGCACCGUUCCACAAAUAAGGGGCGAAAAUACAAGCAUCAAGAUUUGAAAGCUAUGUACGUUAUUUUAAAUUUCAAUUUUUAAUUACAUUUUGUGCUUCAUUUAGUUUUAGUUUAGCAUUAAGACGUUUUAAUUUUCGACAUUGAGAAUAUGUUUGACUCCAAAUUUAAUGGUAAUGAAAAUUCUUUAUGUACGAGAGUGCCAAAAAGAGAUUUAAAAUUGAAUCGACACAAAUGAAAAUACAUUAUUGUGCGUCUGAAUAUAUUUUUGAUGCAAAUUUUUAGUAAAGAAGCUUCGAAUGUUAUCAGAAUAUAGAUGCACAAUUUAUUUUGAAUAAAAUACUUCCUUUACAAUAACCAAAAUUAUAAAAAAAAAGUUCUUGUUUUCCUGAAACAUUAAUAAACAGCACUAACUGAAGUUAUUUAUGUUUAUGUUAAAAAUAAACGGAAAUAUCCUAAUGUAUAGAGAUGAAUUGCUACUAUUGGUAAGAAAUUGUGCCCCUAUCAAACACAAUCCAAUAUUUGAACAUAUGUAUAUACUUCCAUGGAUCGCAAGUCUCACAAAAGUUGUAAUGCCCUCUAAAAGGGUAUGAAAAUAAUUUCACUUUAAUCCACUGUUCGUUUUCGAUCUUCACCUUUAUAGCAAACCGAUUUUUUAAAUAUAUUUUUCACGUUUAUUUUAUGUA